GUCCUCGAUUUGGCAGCUUGAUUGAACUCCCCAACGUCCCACGGUAUCGUUCUCCUAAGUAUUUCCCAAAUCCUACAUGCCAGAACUGAUGCUCGCUAAUUUGCUUCAUCGCAUGUCCAAAGAUGCGAACACAUUGCAGGGAUAUGCUCUCGAUUACGAACCCAGUGUUGCACCUGUCUAUCUCGCAUACGAUGCUGCAGCCCGCAGCUCGCGCCGAAAAACAAUCGAGGAUGCCCUGGAACGCAUGGAUACGGAUUAUGAAUCCAUUUAUGCCCUCGCUCAACAGAUCGGCACCAUUGAGCGUUCUCUACGACGACGACGGGCCAUAUUUCGGAAUUUUCUCCAACCCGUAGCCGCUCUUCCAAUGGAAGUUUUGCAACAGAUUUUUCUGUAUGCCAUUCAGCCAGGGGAGUAUUUAGGACAUAUCAAUCAUGAAUAUCUUCCCUCCUCCAUUACCCUCAGCCAAGUCUGUUCAGCAUGGAGACAGGCAGCUCAAUCAUACCCCCUAAUAUGGACCGUGGUGCGACUGGAGCCAUGUAGUCAUGCUUCCUACGCGCCAUACGCUCGCUAUUCUAAAGGCCUCCCUCUAGAAGUUCAUGGGCGAAAACUCGUCAAUGUGAAUAUCACCGGGCUGGAAAGCGCCGACACUCAGAGCCGGAUAACCACACUGUAUUUGCCAGGGGACCUCGAAGAUCAUUUGAAAGCAUCCUCAUCCGACGGGGCCACCUUCUGGGAAGAAAGAGGAGUGCUGGAUUGGAGGUCUAUAGAACGGCUGACCCUGCUGGCACCUGGUAGUGUGAGACGCCCCAAGGUUUUUACCGCAGGUCUGACAUGUCUUGAGUCACUUCGUCACCUGUGCCUUGAAGGUCUCUUCGUCCCAUUGUCUCCUGCUCAGCUAGCAAAACUUGUAACUCUUGGCCUCGCGUUUAUUAAUGCUGAGGGCUUUGAGUUUUCUAAGUUUAUCAAUGCCUGUGACAAUCUGGAGGAAUUGACCUUGAAAUUUGUGCACAUCAGUUGGAACGAGGAUCACAUUAUCAAUGUCCCACAGCAGGGGUCAAUUCCAUCUCUCCGUACCCUUGUUGUCAACUCGUUAAACUUUUCCGUGGCAGCAUUUCUUGCUCGCUACGGGAUGCCUCGUCUCCAAUGCAUCACGUUGGAUCUGUGGGAUAUGGAUGACUACAUGAAUGACCUGGAUCUCGUUGAUGACACUCCUGACGAUUAUUUUUCCCUGCGUCGGCCGCCUGUGCGCCUACACGCGGUCCAGCAUUUUGUGAUGAACACACCAACGAUUAAAUCUGUUACCUUAAGGGGCGGGAUGAAAACCAUAUCCUAUGUCCUAAAGACAUUAUGGCCUCAUUCAUCACAUCUGGAGCACGACAAUUUCCCUGGCCUCACGGACCUUGAUAUUUUUAUUUGGAGAGCUUUUGAACGGGACCCUCACGACAUAAUUGACCUUCGACUCCUGAUCAGAGCUCAUCUAGCAGAUCGUCAGGCAGAGUCAAGGCCGCUUCAAAGAUUGACAGCACCACGCUUCAUAUUUGAAGAUGAUGAUGUGGAUUGGUUACGGGGUGGGGUACAAGAAUUAGAACUAACCGAUUAACAACGAUGCCUUGAUUUGAACAGUAUAUACAAUAAACUAAUCGCAUGAACGUACUACAUAGUUCGAAUAAACCCCUCGCUG